AUGGGGUCUAAGGGAUGGCUUUUUGCGACGGAAGAGGAAGUCGCCGAGUCCCCGGAGAUGACGGCCGCUCCGGAGCCCGUUAACGGUGCGACCUACCUCCAAGAUAUCUAUUUCAAGGCGGACCCCCAAUACGGGUGCAAAUUCCGUGGAAACCUGUUCUAUCCGGAGGAUAAGAGGGGAUCCGUUGACGAGCUCAACUGGUGGGUUUACGACACCAUAAACAACGGAGUCUACAAAUCUGGGAUCGCUACCAAGCAAGGCGCUCAUGAAGACGCUGUAACAGCACUCUUUGCGUCCUUGGAUCGUGUAGAAGGGCUUUUGAAGUCUUCCGCUGGGCCCUAUCUUCUCGGCGAGAAGAUCACGGAGGCGGAUGUGGGACUAUAUACCACCAUCUUCCGCUUCGAUGCGGUGUAUGUCCAGCACUUCAAGUGUAACAUCGGGAUGAUUCAGAUUACCCGGUUAUAUAUACAUAAACGGUUAAGGCAUCUCUACUGGGAUAUCCCGGCUUUCAAGCAAACCACAAACCUUGAGCAUAUCAAGACACAUUAUACAAAAUCCCAUGCCCGAAUAAUCCCGACUGGAAUAACACCGCUCAGGCCUCUGCCACAUAUUUUGCCCCAGGAUGUUGGAAAUAACUUCAGUCUAAGAUAUACCAUCAUAACUAAUCACUCGCAGAGCUGAUUUGAGGAGAAUCUUGGGCAUCAGAAAUCUCAGAAAAAGUCGACCUAAUUGGUCA